AUGCUAAAAAUCAGGCCUGAACUAAAUGUUCAUGACGUUAUUUCUGAAAUGCAAAAUUACAAAGAAAAAGAUAUUGAAAGCAGUAAAAAGGAAGCUCCUUUUCCUUAUAUAGAGUUGUAUGCAAAACAUAAAAAAUUUUGAGGAAGGAAAGAAUCCCCCAAAUGUUUAGACAGUUAUGGUGAAAUGUUAUUUAAGACCCAAACAAAAAUUUUAGGUAGAGAGAGGACACAUAUGCAUGAUUACACUUUAAGAUUUCUUGAUUCUGAUUAUACUCAAGAAAAAUCGAUAAAAAAACCAAAUAAUUAUGAUUUGCCAAGCUAUAUUGUAAAGCCAGCCUUUGGGAAACCUCGGAAUAAAUCCGAAGUUACAGAAAAGCCUCAAAAUAGAAGAAGUACCCCAGUAAAUUGAAAGACCAUGCUAAAACAAACUGAAAUUUUAUUAUGUGAUGACUCCAGAUUGCCAUCAUCAAACCCUAUUGUUAAGCAGAAAUUCAUGUUCCCAGUAAUCCAAGUCCAAAAAAACGAAAAUCAAAGAAGAGCAUCUCCAAGUCUCUACAAAUCUCCUUUGCAGCAUACUUCUAGGAGAUCAGAUACCUGCUCAUUAUCUCCUCAUGAAAGAACUAUUAAAAAUCCUCAUAGUCCUUUAGCUCCUGAAAUUCCCACAUUUUCCACAAGUUCUACGCCAAUUGGCAAAUCAACCUUUCCACUCUCAAAAAUCGGGAUGAAUCAAUGCUUCCAAACCAAAACUGACACUAUUCAAAAUCCAAUAAUUUUUAAAACUGAUGCAACAAACAAUACUGAAGAUUUAUACUAA